AUCUAUCAAAUUCUGCAUAGACUUAAAGUAGUCUAUUGAUUUUACAUAAUUCAUACACUUUAAACAAUUUAUUGAAGUCUUUCAGAAUUGUGAUUGAAUACACUCCUCUUAUAUCUUAUAUGAGAAUAAGUACCACUUUAUUUUAAAAUGAAUAUUCCUCCAUAAUCCAUAUUUACUUUCAAAAUAUAACAAAAAUAAAACCGGCGUCCCAUUUCCAUUUGUGUCAGGUUGUCAUCACUCCCGUUUCUACACUCUACCGACUGAACUCGCCGGUCUCCAGCAAUUGAAAAAAGCCCUCUUCUCUGAACCCUAUCCCGGCGUGCCAUCUUCAUUGCUUUGCCCCAACCUCCGGCUGUCUAAUCAGUUCAAUCAAGUUUCUUCUUCAGACUUCAAUGCGAUCGGAUCGAAAUUUCUGAGAAGCGAAAAUGUAUAUAUAGCGUACAGAUUUGUGAGGUUCUCAUUUUUCUCAUUUAAGUCCCACCCAAACAGAGCAAAUGGGAGUGAUGGUUGCGUCAGAUGUGUGGGUCCCAAAUCCUGCACUGUACAUCUUCCUCUUUGCUUCAUGUCUGAUGUUGAUAUGUUGUUUCCCAGCCAACUCUAAUGGCAGAACAUCCAAUGUAUUUGACCAUUCACACUCACCCUCCUUCUCUAGCUCGAAAAGAAGCUUCCUGUUCCUGUUUUCACUGACUUCAGUGAUUGAAGGCUUGUGGUCAGUGUUUGGUGAGAAUGAAUUGAUAUACUAUGGAAUUAGCAAGGACGGGAUGGUGUUGUGGUUGUGUCUUGGAUGUGCAGCUGCUGUCUUUCUUGGCUCCUUUUUGGGGGUACUGUCAGAUUUGAUUGGUCAAAGGAGGUUGUGUCUGUUAUUUUUCAUGCUGCACCUCUUUGUAGUUAUUUGGAGGAAAGUUAUUGCAAAUCCUAGCAUUUGGAUAUCCAGUAUCUGCCUAUCUCUCGCAUCUUCAAUAUUUUACUUCAAUUUCGAAACACAAAUGGUAGUUGAGCUCGAAAAGGUUUGUGUCAAUACAUAUGCCAGUUGUUAGUGCAUUGUACAAUUUCAGGCUCCAUUUUGUAGCCAUACUCAAAUUAUUCAGCUUAUUCUACUUAUGAGCUAAACAAAUAGAUUAAGAAAAAUAAGAUCAUGUUUGGUAAUAAUUAAAAUGACUGAAUCUGUUAAACUUGUGGUUAAAAUGGCUGAAUCAGUUGAAUAUGUUAAAUGAUCUAAAAUAUUGUUUAAGAAUACAUUUAUCAAAUAAUUCUAAGAAAAUAUUGUCUAUAAGUGAAGGUAGAAUAGCCAUUUGCUUUAAUUUUAUCUAUUUCAAGUUAAAAGUAUUUAAUUAACUACUUUUUUUCUAUUAGUCAUGACUCAACAAGCAAGGUGAUAAGUCAAAAAUGGGUUUACCAAACAGGCUCUAAGGAGCUUUUACUUGUUUUGCUGAAAUAGAUGUUGAUUGUUGCCAAACCCUUUUCCUUUGUGAAAAUGCAGCAGCUUCAGUCAUUUCUGUCAAACAAACAAGUACCAAAUGUAUCCCUAAUGUUUAUCAUUUAUAUUGCUUUUUGAUGCUGUAAUAGAGGCUAAUGACAAACUAAUCAUGCUUACUUGUAGCAAGGUCUGAGGCGUGAUGCAUUAAAUGACAUGUUUUGGCUAAUGUCCUUUUAUGAAUCUGCAUCCUUCAUUGUUAGCCAAGUGCUCGGGAAUUGGCUCAUUGGUGGUACUGAAGGGUCAGCUGUUAACUUGCUUCCCACUGCUGCUGCAAUACUAUCGUUGGUUGCUUUGAUAUAUGCAAGUCAAAGGUUGAAAGAAUUCCCAAGAACUACCAAAUUUGAAGAUUAUAAAAUUAAAUUCCAUUCAUAUAUCUUAAUGGAUAGAAGAAUAUGGUUGCUUUCAUGGGUGCAGGCUUGUGUUCACUUCUCAAGUGUAGUCUUCUGGAUUCUAUGGGCUCCAACUAUAGUGGGUGAUGGGAGGGAGAUGGUGUUAGGUUUGGUGUACCCUUGUCUCCUUGGUGCAAAAAUGCUUGGAAGCUCUGCAUUUCCAUGGUUCAAUGGACCAUUAUCACUUCGAACCGAGGAAUACUUGGUUUACACUUUUGUUCUUAUGGGCUCUCUUAUGUCAAUCAUAGCUUAUGACUACCAGGAAAUUGAAAUGCUUUUGAUACUGUUCUGCUUAUAUCACGCCUGUUUGGGACUGGUUUUGCCUUCACUUGCCAGAUUAAGAACAAUGUUUGUACCAAACGAGCUUCGUGCAGGCAUGAUGAGUUUAUCUCUGGCACCAUCAAAUGCCGCACUCUUCUUCUUCCUUGUGCAACGAGGUUACUACCAUAACAUUGAAAACUCAACCGUUAUAGCAUUGGGGGCUCUUGGACUUUUCACCGCGGCUGGUUGCAUGCAUAUGUUAAAGCGAGCCGGGAAGCAACCCCAUCAAAGCUGGAUUAAGUUAUGAUGUUAUGGGGUCACCAAAUCUUCCAAGCCCUUGGUUGAGGUCAUUACUGAUCCCUAAUGUCAGUAUUUAGUGAGCAUUAGAAACAAGAAUUUGCUAUAUAUCCUUGCUAGUUAGUUUAGUAGGUUUCCAUUGUUUCAUGUGAUCUUUGUGCUAAUAAUGGUUUCCAUAUGAGGUUUAAACCAA